CAGGUGUGUUUGUAGUGUAUUAACUAAUAUUGGAACAUUAAUAUAAAAUCAGUAAUUGGAAGAAAGUCCGAGAAACUUAAUAAAGACUUAAAUCUUCGGAGUAAAAAUUUAUUUUAAAUGAAAUUAUAUUUUCAAUUAUAUCAUGAAUGAUCACCAAUGAUAAUAUUAUAAUAUUAGCGUUUUUAAAUUUGGAACUUGGAGGUGAGGGAAGUUUUAAAAAUGGCUGACCUUCUAGGUUCGAUUUUAAGUUCCAUGGAUAAACCACCGGCUGUAAAUGAUACACAAAAGAAACUUAUUAAAAAACAAAAAGAACAGUAUGAAAAGCAUCAAGCAGCAGAAAAAGCAAAGUUGGCAAAAUUCAGAAAAGAUAUUGAAGAAAAAAUCAACAAGUUCCUCCAAGAUCCUAGUCAACAUAAGCACAAAUUUUCAUCAAUGAGUAAAGUUCUUCGUAGUGUUAUCCAUGAUGCUGCUGACAUUGCAGGACUUACUGCAUUUUCUUUUGGAGAAGAGGAAGUUGACAGAUAUGUUAUGCUAUUCAAAAAGGAGUUUGCUCCUUCAGAAGAUGAACUUCAAGCAUACCGUAGAGGUGAAGAUUGGAACCCAGAGAAAGCUAAAGAAGUAGCAAAACAAAAAGAACGUGCAAAAAAAGAAGCGGAAGAAGAUGAAAAACGUUCCAAGGAACAAGCUGUGUAUUCAAGGUAUCAAAAGAGAAAUGAAAAACGACUAGGUAAAGAAGCUGCCAAAGAUGCUGAAAAAAUUAUUUUUACAAAUAGACAGUUUGGUUUUGUGCCAAGUGAAAAUAAAAGAGACCAGCGUUCGAUUGAACAGACUUUGGCUGAUCUUAAAGCAAGGAAAAAACUGAAGGUUGAACAUAAUGGCCAGUCUGACUCCUCUUCAACUGGAAAUUAAUGAACUUUAGAGAUGCUAGUGAUACAUCUUUGUAAUGUCCAUCCAGAGUGCAUCUGUGUUUGUCUGAAUGUUUUUUUCUUUUGAAGUAAUAAGUUGGUUAGUAUUGGACAUUGAACAGUAUACCCAUGAAUUAAUGAUGUAAUACUCGUUGGUUCAUGUAUGUAUUCAUAGAAAUCUUGUGGUGUGUUCCAAUACACAAAAUGGAUUUACAGGAAACUAUGUAAUGAUCAUGUUCAGUAUGAUUAAGUGCACAGAAAAUUAUUUCGUGAUGCAUAGCCCACAAACUGGUUUACUCAGCUUGAUAUUGAUCAGUUGAUGUACAGAAAAAAAGAUUUAUAAGCAAAUUGAAAAAACCUGAGGCAUUCUUAACAAGUAUCAGAGUAGUAUGCAGAAAAACAUAGUAAAGAAAUACAGUUUUUUAUAAGAAACCACUACAAGGAGAGACAACUAAUUUAAUAUGUAACUUCCUUUUUUUUGCUUUUGUAAGCAAAAUCAGAAUAAAAUUUAUUUUCUCUCAAAGCUCAGUUUUGUUUAUUAUUGUGAAAGUAAAAUCUUAUUUUAUUAUUGUACCUUUUUUGGUACACACACAAGUAACUCCUUGAACAAUAAGGGUUAUCUGAAAAUUUUUGUACAAGCCACCUUAGUUUUGAAUGUUGUUCUAACUGUUAUUAGUUGCAAGACAAAUAUCAUCUUUCUGCUAUUUAAUAUUUUACUGUAAAGUUAGGUCUCAUACAUUAUAAACUAUAGUAUUUGUAGCAGUUAUACAGAACAUUUUUCCUCAUCACUUAGUUUUGUUUGUCUUUUAUUUUCACUGUGUUUGACUUAAUUGUUAUUUCUUUUUAUCGUGCUUCCAGAUUCUUUAUGUGUAUGUUAUACUUACAGUUAGAAUUGUAAUUAAGUUAUUAUUCUGUAUAGCUGUUACGAUGUUCUUUGAUGAUGCAUGCCUACCACUCAUAGUUUGAAAUGUCAAGUUUAUGAAGACCCAGGGGCUUUUCAAACAGAUUUUGACAUUUCAAAAUAUGAUAUUUUGAAGAGGCAUUGGAGUUAGAUUGUAAAGAUUUUUGCAUCAGUAUUUAUUGAAAUAGUUUUUUUAUAAUGUUGUUAUGGAAGCAAGAUUCCAUGAUAUAGCUUAUGGUUAGUAUGUCUAAUCUUUUCCUUGUUUUUCUGUAACUGCUCUUGUUUGAUUUGUUGUAUAUCCAAAUCAAUUAUAGGUAUAUAUAUAUAUAUUCUUUGCUUCUGAGGAUAUUUUGUGUGCAAAAAAACCUAUACUGAUAUUGCAGUUUUUAGUUUUGGUGAAAAACAAUGAAUUAUUUGUUCAAUUGAAGUUUAUUUGUAGAAUAUAUUUCCAUUAAACUUUUGUAAUUCAUCCAAAAUGUGAUCUAAAAAGUAUUACAUAAUAUCACAACAAGAUAACUGGAUUGUUGAAUGAUUGUUUGAUUUUUAUGCAAGUGUUGCCUGCUUUUUUAUUUUUGUUGUUUAACCUAACAAUUAAUAUUGAAAAUAUCUGUCAGCAUUGAUGUGAGACUUGUAAUUCAUUCUGUUAAUAACUUAGUCUUUGUUAUUGCAAAUAAACUUCAUAUGAUUAUAAAUACAUAAUAUACAAUUAAUUUUAAUGGACUAUUUUUCUUGAAGUUGUGAACUUAAACAGAGAGCUUUAGUAACAUUUAGUAAAAAACAACAGUGAUAAUAAGGGUAAUAAAUUAUUUGUGGGUAAGAAUAAAUACAAAUUAACUAACAUGAGGUAAUAAUGUGUUUUGAUAAAAGAAAAUGCAAAAUCAGUAACGUUGGUAGUAAGUUAACAAACAAUUAUUUUGUGAGCACAUUGAUAUUUAAAGUAGUAAACAUUUUAUUAUCAGUCUUCCACAGACAUGGCACCAAUGCUAACUAUACAAGUUAUUAGCAUAAUGUGCUUCCUUACACAAGUACGAAUAGUAUUGUUGAAGGAUGAGUGAUCUCAGCCCAGUUUAUAUCCCAUGCUUCAGAAAAUUUGUCAAUCCAUGGGAUCUUCAACCUUGCCAUAAUAAUAUGGCAAUAAAAAGUGUUAUAUAAUCAUGUUUAAAGGCUUUGUGUGAGUUUUCUGCAUAUAUCACCAUAAUCUUUUUUUUUAACUCUUCUUAACCUUUUAAAAUUUGUAUGGCAAAUGGCUUAAAUGUUAUGGCUCAUGAACGUUUCAGACUCAUGGCAAUAUUUUUCUUUCUUUCUCUAUCCUUUAUAUGCGGAUACUUUACAAUAUUACAGUCAGUUGUAUAAUAUUAGAGCCUUAGUUUAGUGCACUGUUGAAUUGGUGACUGCCCUUUAUGUCUUGUUGAAUUUAUGAAUUAAAGCUUUCAAAAAUACAUCUAAAGCAGUGAAUAUCUGUUCAUAAAGAUUCAAAACUUCUGAAACCAAGUUUAUCUUGUAUGUAUGUUAUGAUUCCUUAAAAAUACUAGUCAUCAUAAUUCUUAGAGAAAGGAAAUUUUUGGUGUCAUCAUAAAAUCCUUUUUUUUUUCAAUUAAAAUGUAAACAUUGCUUCAGUCUUCAGUAAGAAUAUUUUGAUAUUUGAUUGUGGUACAUUUUAUUGUUACUUCAUUGACUGGACCAUCUGAAACAAUCAAGAGUAAUUUCUGUCAAGUUUUAAAGCUGCUUACAGGUAUGAUCGUCAUCAUCAGAAAAAACAGUAACAAAGAUAAAACUUCAGUAAUACAGUUAGUUCUUAUAUGAUUUAGUAAAAAUAAGAACCAUAAAUCUUAUUAGAGAUUUAGUUGUAUACACAGAACUUGAAUUUGUAGCAGUUUAAAAUGUAGAUUAAAUAAAAAUGCACUUGUUUUAUUUAAUAUCUAAUUGGAUUUUGUAUCAAGAUAAAUAGUCCACUCUUUCUUCUCUGUUGUUGUUAUGUUAUAUAUGUGUUUCUAUUAUUGCUCUUUAUUUUCUACAUUUUUUUACUCUUAGUGUGUUGAAAUAUAAUGAGGAUAGGAUUGUUUCAAUGAUGCAAAAUAAUGGCUACAACAUCUGCCUCAGUUGGAUCAAAGCAAUUGAGUAAAACAUCGUGUUUCUUUGAAACGUGUUAAACAGCAGAAAAUAUAUACUUAAUGAGAAGACAUGUAUCCAGCUACAAGUACACUGCAUAUGUUGUGCCCAGUGUUCUGUAUAUCUAGAAGCAAAUAAAAUUAUUUUCGUUAUAAGUCAUC